AUGGCAUCUGCAGAAGCUAGAGCUGGUUAUGGAGUUAAUCAUUGUUUCACACAAGAUUUCGGGAUGUCCCCUUCUGAUUAUCGAUCUCCGGUUUCGAAAAAAUUGGAAUCUGAUUUUAUUCAUAGUGAUGAUUCCACUGAUUCUGGCAUGAAAUGGUGGCUACAUGUCAAAACCAACUUGGGAGGUGAUGCAAAUUAUUCCUGGGAGUCUAAGUUUGAUGCUUUUGAUGUCGAUCGAUCUGUCAAAAACGUUGAUUCUCUUUCAUGUGUUGGAAGUGUUACUAAUACUAUAGGUUUAGAGCGGCAAUGGAAUGUGUAUCCUAAAUGUAUGAAGAAAACCAAUGAUACAAGAACUACAAAAGUCGCGGCUGAUUUGAACAAUGACUUGUAUUUGACACCUAAGAAGAAUAACGAAGGGGAAUUCUGGUUUUCGGAUUUGGAACCGCAUUGGUUGCGAGCUGAAAAAACUCGGCCUUGGUGGCACACUACAGGAAAAGACGACUUAGGUUACUUGGUUGCGAAGAAAUCUCCUGAGUAUAUUGAGAACUGCGAUCUCCAGCUGAACAUUAAGCCUUUAAGAAAAAUACAAACUGUUCCCCAAAGAGAUAUCGACAAGGAGGAUAUUCCUUCGUUGUUGUCGGAGAUGUGUUCUUCUGAUGCGAACGGUUGUACGUCUACAACCGUGACUUCUGGCUAUUCAUUUCAGGAUUCAAACAGUUCCAGUGAGAGCAAAGACUCUGAUUCGAGCAACAACAAAGAUAGCCAUAUGAAUACUGAGAGCACGGCCAAGGCAGAGCUACUGAAAGCCUUAUGUCGAUCCCAAACUCGGGCGAGAGAGGCUGAAAAGGCAGCACAGGAAGCCUUCAACGAGAAGGAGCAAAUAUCGUCUCUAUUCUUCAAACAGGCUUCACAACUAUUUGCUUACAAGCAAUGGCUAUAUGUUUUGCAGCUGGAGAAUCUAUGUCUUCAGUCCAAAAACAAAAACCAGCCAUUGAUGGACAACCUCUCUUCCUAUAGGGCCGGAAAACAAAACAGGAAGAAUCGACAAAAGAUUAGGGAUAGAAGACGAGGGAUCGGACAAUGUGUUUUCGCUUUCGCUGUUGGUUUGGCUCUUGCUGGUGCAGGUUUGCUUCUUGGUUGGACCAUUGGAUGCAUGUUUCAGUCGUUUUAA